AUGGUUAAUGAUAAUAGUCAGAUAAAAGAAACAAAUAAUAAAGAAAAAGGAUAUCAAGUUGAGUAUCUCCAAGAAAACCCAGAGACCCAAAUAGCUGCCGUAAAAGAGAUCGAGGUUUUCCGGAUUAUUGCUCAAAAUUACUUCCUCGAAGAUCUUGAUGAAGAAAUGGAGAUUGUUUCCUGGAACCCUAAUGCUGAAAAUAGAUGGGAAGAAGAUAUAGACAGUAACAUUGAGUAUGAUUUUCAAGAGUAUGAAUGGGAAGAAAACUAUGAACGAGAAAGAUACCUACAAGACCUUUUGACUGAGUUGGCCAUAGAAGCCGAAUUAGAGAUAACCUGGUCAACCGUGAAUAGGUACCAGAAUGAAUAUAUACAAAAUACUGGUCCUGAAGAUGAGGUUCAGCCUAUGGAAUUGGAUGAAGUAUACCUUAUCAACAUACCUCAGUGGGGUGAGCUAACUACAGGGCUCGAAUUUGAGGAAACCAAUGAAUAUCAUGAAAAUGUUGUUGCUUACUUUGGUCUCGACCCAAGCUGGCACGAGGCUGAUUAUAGUGACUUCUUCCCGGGAAUUCCAGGCUUGAACUUUGACUCCGAAUACUGGUCCCAACCAAUGGACACUUACAUUGACUGGGAAUACUAUGCCUCUCAAUAA